AUGGGUAUUCAAAUCCAUUUCCUCUUAGCCCUACUGGUCCUUGUCAAUGUAGUGACCAGACUGACCAGCAGUGUAGCAUUGCCAUGGACUUAUGGCAGGGCUGUGAAUGUAACCGCUCACAAAAGCAAAAUUUUAUCUCCGAGUUACCGUUUAGGUUCUCUCAACCGUAGCAGUUUCCCGGAGGGUUUUGUCUUUGGAGCAGCAUCUGCAGCUUACCAGGUUGAAGGUGCUGCAAGUGAAGGUGGUAGAGGCCCAAGUAUAUGGGAUACUUUCACACACAAAUACCCUGAAAAGAUAGCGGAUCGUAGCAAUGGAGAUGUGGCCGUUGAUUCUUAUCAUCGUUACAAGGAAGAUGUGAAUAUCAUUAAAGGAAUGGAUCUUGAUGCUUACCGAUUCUCAAUCUCAUGGUCGAGAGUGUUGCCACUUGGGAAACUAAGUGGAGGCGUGAACGAGGAAGGAAUUGAAUACUACAACCACCUCAUUGACGAUCUCGUAGCCAAGGGUGUAGUGCCCUUUGUGACUCUCUUCCAUUGGGAUAUGCCUCAAGCUUUGGAGGAUGAGUAUGGCGGUUUCCGGAGUCCUCAAAUUGUGAAUGAUUUUCGUGAUUUCUCGGAGCUUUGCUUCAAGAGAUUUGGUGAUCGGGUGAAACACUGGAUCACUUUGAAUGAGCCAUGGUCCUUUAGCAGUGCUGGGUAUGCAUCUGGUGGCUAUGCACCUGGUCGAUGCUCUGCUUGGCUACAAAACAAUUGCACCGGAGGAGAUUCAGGCACUGAACCAUAUCUUGUGGCUCAUUACCAGCUUCUUAGUCAUGCAACCGCUGUAAAAUUAUACAAAGAAAAGUAUCAGGCAUCACAAAAAGGAAAGAUAGGAAUUACUCUUGUUUCAGAUUGGGUGGUGGCCUUUUCUAAUUCGAAUCUGGAUGGCCGGGCUGCAGUACGGUCCCUAGAUUUCAUGCUUGGAUGGUUUAUGAACCCAUUAGUAUAUGGUGAUUAUCCACGUACAAUGCGAGCUCGUGUCAGGCACCGACUUCCAAAAUUUACGGAAGAACAAUCCAUGAUGGUAAAGGGGUCAUAUGAUUUUAUUGGCUUGAACUAUUAUACUGCAAAAUAUGCAGCUCAUGAACCCUAUUCCAAUGCUCUAAAUGUAAGUUACAAAACAGAUUCCCUAGCUAAGCUUACCUCUGAGAAGAAUGGAGUCCCUAUUGGUGUACAGGCUGCUUCAAAAUGGCUCCAUGUUUAUCCGAAAGGGAUUUGGCAUCUUCUACUCUACAUAAAGAGAAAAUAUAAUAAUCCACCUCUUUACAUUACAGAAAAUGGGAUUGAUGAGGUAAAUAAUGCGACAUUACCACUUAAAGAAGCCCUCAUCGACAACUUUAGAGUAGAGUAUUACUAUCGCCAUCUUGCUUUCCUUCACCGAGCAAUCAAGAAUGGUGUCGAUGUUAAGGGAUACUUUGCAUGGUCAAUAUUGGACAAUUUUGAAUGGGUCUCGGGUUACACAGUUCGUUUCGGCAUUUACUAUGUGGAUUACAAAGAUGGAUUAAAAAGAUACCCAAAACUCUCAGCCAAAUGGUUUAAGAAUUUUAUGCAGAAAUAAGGCAUACAACACUUGUAUUCAAUUCGGUCCGCUUGUUUGGGCUACCCAUGCUCCAUUGUACAUUGCAUGUAAUGGUUAGCUAUUGCUAACCUAUCUCUUUUGUUAUAAUCAAAUUUAUCAUUUUACCCUUAAAAAAAAAAAACACUUGUAUUCAAUUAUCCAAUAAUGUUGUGUUGUACGUAUUUCUAUCAAGAAGCAGAAGAUUUCUUCUUCUCCAUGUGUAAUUAUCCUUAAUCUUACCGUUUAUUCGAGCUUGGGUUUCCUUCGGGUUCUGGGCCUUGUAAGCUGGGUUGGGUUUCGUUUAGUUAGCCUGGGCUAACUAUCAACAUUUGUAAUUUGGUCCUUAUUUAAAAAACUUUAACUUUACCUUUCGAAAAAAAAAAAAAAAAAAAAAAAAGAAAAGAAAAGAAAAAAGUACUACUUUAUUAUUGUCUAUCAAGGU